UUUUUUUCCUCUGCCAGGACACUCGUGGCAGCCAUUUUGGGGGAGGCGGUGGCUGUCGGGCCGGCUCUGGGAGGACCCUGACCGGCUCUGGGAGGACCGGGUGGUGGCUUCAGGCCGGGGACUGGGGUUCAGGAUGAAGCUGCUCAGCAAAUUGAUGGACAAGGACAACUCGGGCCAGAUAACCCUAAUGCCCGAGGAAGCUGAAGAUAUGUGGCACACCUAUAACCUGCUCCAGAUCCAAGACAGCCUGCGAGCAUCGACCUUCAGGAAGGUGCAGACCGAGUCCUCGACAGGCAGCGUGGGCAGUAACCGUGUGCGGACCACCCUCACCAUCUGUGUGGAGACCAUUGACUUCGACGCCCAGGGCUGUAUGCUCCGUGUGAAGGGGACCAACAUCCAGGAGAACGAGUAUGUGAAGAUGGGGGCCUAUCACACCAUUGAGCUCGAGCUAAACCGGAAGUUUACCCUGGCAAAGAAACAGUGGGACAGCAUCGUGCUCGAUCGAAUCGAACAGGCCUGUGACCCAGGCCACAGCGCGGAUGUGGGGGCAGUUGUCAUGCAGGAGGGGCUGGCACACAUCUGCCUGGUCACGUCCAGCAUGACAGUCCUCCGGGCCAAGGUGGAGACCACCAUCCCUCGGAAACGCAAAGGGAGCUGCACGCAACACGACAAGGCGCUGGAAAAAUUUUACGAAUCUGUGAUGCAAGGAAUCAUUCGACACAUUAACUUCGAUGUGGUGAAGUGUGUCCUUGUGGCCAGCCCUGGUUUUGUCAAGGAGCAGUUCUGUAACUACAUGUUUGAACAAGCUGUGAAGAUGGACAUCAAACUCAUCCUGGAAAACCGAUCAAAGUUCCUGCAGGUUCACUCAUCCUCAGGACACAAGUACGCCCUCAAAGAAGUCCUAUCGGACUCCAGUGUGGUCGGAAGGCUCAGCGACACCAAGGCUGCAGGUGAGGUAAAAGCCUUGGAAGAUUUCUAUAAGAUGCUUCAGCAUGAACCAGACAGAGCCUUUUAUGGGAUCAAGCAUGUGGAAAGGGCCAACAAGGAGCUGGCUGUGGAAACCCUCCUCAUCACGGACGAGUUGUUCAGGAGUCAGGACAUUGCGAAACGCAGUCGUUAUGUGAAGCUGGUUGAUAGUGUUCGGGACAAUGGAGGCACUGUGAGAAUGUUCUCCAGUCUGCACGUCUCUGGUGAACAACUGAACCAGCUGACCGGAGUGGCGGCGAUCCUGAGGUUCCCAGUCUCCGAGAUGUCCGACCAGGAGGAUGACUCAACAACGGACAGCGACUGAACGGGACUCCGUGUGCUUGGGAGACGACCUGAAGUGGAGAGAGGAUGCGAGAGAGCGAGAGGGGGGUGUGGGCGGAGAGGGAGAGAGAAAGGCCAUGCUCCUUGAGAAACGGACUGGGAAACCCCGGAGACGUGACCCUUCGGAGCAGCCAUUGUGAACCUGUUGGUGCUUGAACUAGAUCUGGGAUGUGGCUGGAGGUGUUCAGUGCGCUGACUCCGAGGAUGUGUGUGUGUGUGUGUGUGUGUGAGUACAAACUGAUUGUGUGAAGCGGGAAUUCUCCUGCAAUAAAAGAAACUGAAAACAAA